AUGCCUGAAUGCUUCAAAGAUGGCGGUAGCUACAGUAAUUUCGAGGAACGGACUACAAAAAGUGGAUUUUUGGAGGUUUUAGUGAGGGACCGAUGGCACAAUGUUUUGGCCAACUUGAACGAAGAAGCUCUAACGUUGAGUUGCGAGGACCUGGGAGAGAAUGUGACCCUAAACGGCCUCACCAAUGGAUCUUACGGGUGCAACGCAACUCACCCGGAUCACACAAACAGUUCGAAAACUGCGGUGAGGACAGCUUUCACGGAUUUACAGGAGCAAGUCCCAGAGGCGAUCGCAAACAGAAAAAGAUGCGUGAAAGUAAUAAAGCAAGAGGUAGGAGGACUCGGCAUCAGCAUAAAGGGAGGAAAAGAGAAUAAAAUGCCGAUACUUAUUAGUAAGAUCUUCAAAGGUCUGGCUGCGGAUCAAACCCAAGCCUUGUAUGUCGGUGACGCGAUUCUGUCGGUGAACGGUGUGAACCUGCGGGACGCUACGCAUGACGAGGCGGUGCAGGGGCUGAAACGAGCCGGGAGAGAGGUGACGCUAGAAGUGAAGUACAUGAGAGAAGCCAGCCCCUAUGUGAAGAAGGGUUCUCCUGUGUCAGAGAUAGGCUGGGAGACGCCCCCACCUGAGUCCCCGAGGCUGGGUAGCCCCCACUGUGACGUCCCCGUCACCCCCCACCAUGUCCCUACAGGGGACAGGAGGUACAUCCCCUUAAAGAUGUGUUACGUCACCAGGAGCAUGACUUCUCCAGACCCUGGAAACAGACACCUCCACCCGACCAGGAACUCGAUCGCCCUGAGCCCAUCCUUUACAGUGAGUCCACGUCCAACCUCGCACCGGAGCAUCGGGAGGAUCUGAGUCCAUGGCCUUAGACUUAGACAGGCCUGGUAUUUAUACAGUCAUUUAG